GACAGGAGGGGCUUGUAAGGGAUGAUACCCAGUUAUCCCUCAGUAUCAAGGUGGAUCCCAUCACGAACAGGAAUCCACCAAUCACGAACAAGGACACACCGACGUCCGGAAGAUGAUCUUCGAGCACUGGAAGCCAACUGAUGGAAUUUUGUGUGAAUACUUUCAAAAUGUCGACCAUCCAGUAGCACGACUCCAUUACGUGUCCAAACACAGGUAGCCUUUUCGAAAUCAACACCAGGUGUCUUGUCAGAUGACUAGACCAGGAGUUAGGCUCUUGCUUGGCGUCAUGGAAGAACAAGCGUUUAAACCAACCUUUUUGAACCUUUAAAAAAAGUUAGUUUCCUUUAAAUAUCAGUUUGGCCCAAAGCAAAAAUGAUUUUGGUAACUUUGGUCGCGGGAAUAAUGAAUGUAGCUUCUGGGUGCAUGUUAAUUGUAAAUACAACGUAACUUUCAUGGAACAAAUGCAUAGAUUUCUAUUAAAUUUGCGAGGUUUUUCCUUCCACAACUGGUGGUAUUAUUCUCAUGAGAUAUACAUUGGCAUGCCCACUAAGGUGCCUGUCUGUACGUUUGAAAGAGCUUUCUACUAUAGGCUCUCUUCUUGUGCAGUACGUAGGCCAACAUUUUUCUGCCAUCUACAAGACCAGUUCUCACUACGUAACGAUCACCCUUCAACUACGAGUAACUCUUCUCCUAUUAUUGAAAACUUUAGUUUUUAAAUCUACAGAGUUCUUCACAUUACUAAAUCUAACAAUUAUGACAUCCUCGCCUUUCUUCAAGCAGUCGUAACGAUAUCAAUUUUUGUUUCGCUUAAUAGCCUUCCACGGACAUGAUCGACAAUUUCUUUCUUUCGGGGUUGUAUAUAGCUACGCGUAUUGCAAAGUAUUUUAUUUCAUUCUCUCCGAACUGAAGAUGACUUCGAAAUAAAUCAUUUUUGAAUCAUAUUUUGAGUUAUCAAGAUGUCUUGUCUUUUCUGAAUUGGUUUUUUACUUUACUUACUUGUUUAGUCUGUGUCGUAUGGCUGGCUAUCCAUUGGGAAACGUAUCCUGUCCGCAGUAAACACACAAUGAGUCCGACUAUUAUGAGGUCUCGUCCAAUGCGCGUUACCCUUGAUUUGAAGUUCAAGUUCUGCUUGGAAUACGGUAAUUCCAACGCAUAGCCGUACGUUUUUUCAUCCCGUGCCGGCUCACUUUCAUCUGAAAUCUCGUCGUUCAAAGAUUUCUCCAUUUCCGAGAUUCCGAGUGAACUUCAAAUCUGGUACAUCGAUGCGAAUAUUAAUGACGUCACAAUUGCACGUGUUCUCUGUGGCGUGCCACGCGCGCAACGUGUAGAAUCCCGCGUGUACACCGCGCAGGUAUCGAAGAGAAAGAUGCUAGAUUUCAGUCUUGGAGUUUUGAAACGGUACGGGAUUUCAUGUUGAAUGCCAUCAUGAGAAAACCGCUAGGGUUUUAAAAAUGGCGUGCUGAGCGAAACAGUAUGAAAACUGAUUCUGACGGAUUUCUGCCAUCAGCUGAUCAGCCUGCACUUGUGAAUACGUGAUCCUUAUGAGUUUAAUUUGAAUACAAAGCGUGCACUUGAAUGCAACAAGAUAAAAAAAUAACGCGUAGACAUUUCAUGCGACUGCUACGAAAUUUGUGAAUUGUUGAAAAUUAUGAUGACUCUUUGCCGGUGGGCAGUGUUUUUUCCUGCCAUUAUUGCGAUAUGAGAUUGAUGUGCCGCCAGUGCCGGGGAUGCGCCUAGGUUCUAGCCAGGAAAAUCACGUGCCUUAUCCUCGAGUGAAGUCUGCCAGAUGUUUCUGUCACCUCAGCUGCUAUAUAUAUUCAUGAUCGGGUUAUUUUUUUUCUCCCAUCCAAUUUUAAGUUAAUCCGCUUUAAACCUUUCAUAUCUCAUUAUAAACUUGAAGAUUGAAAAUAUUUGGUAACACUAAAAUAUCAUUAGCCGCUUACUGCAAUAUGUUGAUCACAAAUAAAUUGAAUCAAUAGGAAACCGACAGGAGAAAGUAAUAUCUUAGUCGCAAAGCAUCGCACGCCGAUGCUAAGUUAAGGUAUUUUUUUAAGCUAUUGUCUCAAGGUGUUGAACUAGGCGUUGAAUAGCGUUGUCAUUUUUUGUAUUGAAACAGUUUGGUCUCUGAAUUAGCAAUUCUUUGUGAUGAAGACAAACAUGAAUUUAAACUUUGCUUAAUGAGUUAGCAAAUUUGUUGUUAUGGUAACGCUGUUUUAUUGACGUAUUACGUAUUCUUCAUCUACUAUCGCAAUAGGAAAGUAAUAAGAAUCAUUGAAAAUGUUACACUUUUUUAUUAACGAGAAUUGACUGGUGGCGACGAGCACUUCGGGCCGCAAAACAGCGUGUUCUCGUAUCGAAGUACUAAAAUUGAGGCUAUAUGUGUUUAUGAGGAGCUAUGUUCAAUGUUAUCCUCGUUUUUUAAAGGGAAUUGUUGAGGUAUUUACUGAGGAAAGGCGCCGUAAGAUAUUCUCCAAAUGUUCACUUUCAAAUAGCGGUUCCUGCUUUAGUUUUAAGUCAACUGAAGAAAGUCUAGAAAAUAAGUUAAAAAAGCGAUGCUGAAUUUCCUCCGGACGCUUAUCCAAAGCUUGUGAUCUAGAAUGGGUUAAUGUUGAACGGAAAUUCUAUUCUGAUCAGUACGAGAAGAAAAGCCAAGUUGAAGAAUUGUGAUCUGGAAGAAUUUGUGCGCACAGAAUAUCCUCUUUGACAUAACUGUAUUUAGUGGAGAAAGAGUUUGGGGAAUUGCGGCUGAGAAUGUUUUCAAUAAUUAGCUAAAAUCUUUGGUUAAUGCCAUUUUAAUACAGAAGUUUUGGGAUCAUUUUAAAGUUUUGAACAUAAUACGGUCUGAACAAGUCCGCCGGAAAUCCGCUCCAAGCAAAUGAGGGUAUUUAUAGUUUACAUUUACGAGAAGUCGCGCCGGUCUUUGCAACGUUCAAUAAAGCUUUCAAGAAACUGAUGAAUUUCUGAUUGGAGUGGAGGCAAAGUCGAACAUUGUGAUAUUGAAAGAUCUCGUUCUGAAUUGAGCAGUGGAUACGAAGAACGUUUAGCUGUGUUUGUACUGUGAGACGACGACCCAGUAGUCCAAACAAGGAACCUUUUGCUUUCAAACAUCGCGAAAUUUCGUAAAAAUAAAUAAGGUAUCUAACUGGCAAUUUCGUAUCGAGUAUUAUCUUCCGAAACGUGUGAUCCUACCGCAGAAAUCACAUACUUCGUGGGGUUCCAAAUAAGGUGCGACAAAACUAUCACUUUCAGUUAACAUUUGACUGCGGUAACAAAAAGAUUAAAAUGAAAUGUCAACCGAUUGUUUAUUUUUCUGGACGCCACACAUUGUCACCUGCUGCUUGGCGCAUGAUUAAAUCCUUAUCGCGUCACGUGGCUAUCGUGGGACAGAGCGACGAUCCUGAAACGGCUUAUGCAUUGAUACACGAUUCUGAUGUUUUUCUGGUCUAUUUGUACGCCGACGUCUGCCAGAACCUCUUCUUCCUCUACGAAAUCGGCGUGGCAUUUGUUCUACGAAAACCGAUCGCUGUUAUCCGAGAAACGGAUUUAAAAUUCUCGGAGAUUUCUAUCGCGAAGCAUUUGUACGAAACUCGCAUCUUGAUGGAGACAAGGAAACGCGGUCCGUUUCAAACCUGCAUCGUUUUUGGAAAGACCUGUAACUUGCCUUUGACUUUGGGAGAUGUUUUCGUCUACUGUUAUGAAAAUUCGAUGAUUUUCAGGCCCUCGCCGCAAACAAAAUGCAUCGCAUUGCUUGUUGAUAAGAUUUUCAGUCUAUCGCGAGAACUCAGCGUUUCCAAGCAGACGUCCAACUCUGCAGUUAGAAUAACAAUGCAAAACAGCAGGUCAAAUUUGCGUUUACAAGGUUACUCCUUUAAAACGGAUUUCGAUUUACACAAGGGUAAAGUAUCUUUGCUUCCAAUUGGCAAAUACGAUAACAAAUUUCAAACCAAUUCGAUGAUUAAUGAACACAAAUUAAUUAGCAAUAGGAAACGGCCGUCCGUUGAUAUCACUCCAGAUAUGAAUAAAAGUAACCACUGUGGUAUUCCAGAUGACAACAGGCAAGGCCCCGUGAAUUGCCCGCGAAAAACCGGUUUGAACAUGUUAACGAACUCGUCAAUCCAGUUAUAUCUGAGCAGCGAGAAGAUGAUGAGGAUAGCCUGGGCUCGAGUGGUUCGUCGUCUUAUGACGUCAUGUAUCUAAAUGAUAAGACGUUCUUCACGUCAGCAAAUACGUCACCACUACCUAGCCCUAUACCCCAGGGCGGGGUUUAUUACCCGACAGCUCUGCCCGUGUACCCAAUGGAGCUAUGUUUCCCUCCGUUUCAAAUCGAAAAACUCAAUUUUGAUAAACACGCUUUGCAGAUAGCGAAAGCAGACAAACUACCGUCAAUUGUACGGCGAAGAAUUAUGAAAAAGGAAUUAUAAGUUAAAAUAAAGGAAAUAAAUAAAUGAAAGAAAUUUUUUGAUAAAUGCUACAAUAAUUAAGAGAACAUACUGUAAAGCAAUUUUGUAAUGAAUUUAGCUCAGGUAACCAUGUUUUGUGAUGAUGGUGCUCAUCCAAUGAACUCUUUGUGUUUUGGCGACCUUUUUAAGCGGAUUACAUUUAGGAAUUGCGUUUCAUACACGUAUCUUAUAUUGUUGCCUGCAUAUUCAGUUUGUAUAUUGGCAUUUCCAUUCUAAACAGCCAAUCGGAUCGUAGUAUAAUUGUCAUAACAAGUACAAAAAUAUGUGCCAACGUCCGGAAUCUUAGGCUGGUACUUGAUCGUUCCCGAUGAUAUUGUUAGGCCAAGGCUCGAAGCUGUGUCACGAAAACAUCUCGUGCAGUUGUUCUUUGUCGGCUAACACAUAUAUAAUAUCAAAUAUUAAGAUUUUCUUGGUGAUAAUUGCAGUUACGUGACUAAAUAUCAACACAAGUAUCAAGUGCUCAAGACGGUCUGGGUAAGAAAGAAAUGUCAGUUAUUCAAUAUUCAGUACCAGUUUAGCAACGAAUUGAAUGCGGUGCUGGUUUUAAGGAAGUGUUUGGCAUCAACAGUUCUCAAAGCAACAUGAUUACUUUAGUGUAUUUUCAAAACGGAUCCAUACAUAGUUUAUUUCUCCCUUUUUAUCAUUCAGAAAGCGAUGUUUGAUUACAAUGCACGGGAUCUUGCGCGAAAUAUAUUGAACUAUGUGCCUAGGUUGUCAAUGUAACAUUUAUGUUUCUACCAUUCUGGUUUAGUUUCGACACUGGCGUCAAAAUGUUGCACAAAUUUUAUCUUUCUGUGGAAAUUGUGUUCAUUAUAUCGACUUUGGGAUGCGCGUUGAAAUGUAACGACUGCGGAUACUCGUCAGAAUUUGCAAAAUCCCAACAGAAGUGCGGUAAUGAGACGGUCAACUGUACCACGGGUUACUGUUUCACUGGAUUUACUGUUCAACCUAACGGAGUUAAAAAAGUUGGAAGGGGGUGUGAUUCAAGCGACCCUGCGAACAAGCAAUGUCCCGAUGAAAAAGGCAAAAGCAUUUGUGACAAAGUAAUAAAAGAAGGCAAAUUUACAUCCUGUUAUUCUGAGUGUUGUACGACCGAUAAUUGCAAC